AUGCUUAAAGACUGUCUUGAGGGGGCGGAAAAGAGACAAACAUACACGAUCCACAUCCCUAAACCAAGUAGUUCAAAGGUCACCGCGGAUCCAGAUACAAACUAUGAUCUUACCAAACCCGCAAAUGAUAUUUCCAAAACCAACAAUCACAAUAUAAAGGAUUUUUGGACGCUAUCAUUGCACGAACAAAAAAAAAUAUUGGACGGAGUAGUUAAGGUGACAGAAGCGCAGUACAGGGAGACAAGGGAAAAAAAUGGUAUUCGGGCCACAGCUUAUAAAAUAUUAAACUCGGCACUGUCUUUUCAAGACAUUGUCAUUAACAUUGCGAAAUUUGAUCCGACCAGGUACGCUUCCAGUGCUUGGGCGAUAAACCAUGCAGACCUCAAGAAGGCUCUAUUUGACUCAUUAGAAUACCUGGCGGAUUUGCUGGCUCAUUGUGCCUUUAUCAAAGAACAGUUUUAUAGAGGUAGAGACCCUCUAGUCUUAAACAAGCACCUGCACCGAAAAGAGAAAGCAGAGACUAUUCUGACUUAUCUCAAUAAAUUGAUGAUGAAUGUCCAAAAAUUGCACAAUACAGUUAAGAUAUUAAAUCUUCCUUUUGCCAGCAGCGCAUUUUUUGACUUCUUUGAGAAUCAACAUGAGGAUAAAUGCCUUCAGAGAACAUCCAGUGACAGAUAUAUAUUCUGGCUGAGCAGAAUAGCAGGCACUGGCAAGUCCACCAUAGCAAGGACAGUGGCCCGAUUCUUUAACAAGAAAAACAUCCUCAGAGCAAGCUUCUUUUUUAAAAGAGAUGAGGAAGAUCGGGGCUCGACUGUAAAAUCUUUCCCUAUGAUUAUAAAGCAACUGCCAGUCUAUAUUCUAGAAAUAAAUAUAGGCAUUCAGAAGGCCAUUAAGGAAGACCCUGCAAUUUCAGAUAAGGGACAGUUGUAUGCUUCUAUAGUGGUUAUAAUCGACGCCCUAGAUAAGUGCGAGCAGAUGGAAGAUAUCGAGAUUAUCCUUAAUCUUUUACCUAAGAAUACCAUCCUGCAGAAUCUGGAUGAUGAUAUGAUAAAGCAUGACAUCAUUCUGUACCUUAGAGAAGAAUUUCGCAGAAUCAGGCAGAAGUGCCAUAAUGAGGAAAGAAUCGAAGCCUUAGCAACGAUGGCUGUUCCGCUCUUCAUCUUUGCAGCCACGGAGUUUUUCACGGAUUCGUCGGGAUCCAAGAUGGAUAAGACAUACCGACCGAUUUUGAAUCAACUCCUCACUGAGAAUGAAAGCGACACUGACAAGCUGAUCGAAGAAUUCCAGAAAAUCAUCGGUGUGAUUAUUCUUCUUGCUACUCCACUCUCAUCGAGUGCUCUCACGGAACUUGUUGAGCGUACAAAGACCCAAGGGCCCACUUCAAAGUUCUGGGUGGAUAAAAAGGAGAAGCACGAGUUCAUAAUAGGGCAAUGUCUUAUUGUUAUGCGCCAUUAUCUUAAAAAGAACUUUUGCGACCUGCUGAGUUAUGGGAUAAGCCGAAGCGAAAUAGACUCUGCCUCCAUAGCAAGAUUUCUCCCGCCUGCUCUGCAGUACGCCUGUCGUUAUUGGGUUUACCAUCUCGCCCAAAGUUCAGUAUCAGCCGACACUGUUUACCAAGUGCUCAUCUUCCUGAAAGAACACUUCCUUCAUUGGCUGGAAUCGAUGAGCAUUUUAGGGUCAACCUCCGAAGCCGUGACUGCCGUGGAUAUAUUGCUCCGACUGACAAAGGAUAUAUCCAGUAACGAGAUACAUGUUUUCCUCUCUAGCCUUAUUUUCGCACCACGAAAAACGUUAAUCAGAGAGAGAUUUGAGAGAGAACUUCCUGGUUGGUUAUUCAGAGCUCCAAAAGUGGAAGAGUAUUGGAAUCCGGAAAUGCAAACGCUCGAGGGCCAUUCUGACUGGGUUGAUUCAGUCGCCUUCUCAGGCGAUGGCCAGCUUCUUGCGUCAGGCUCUAUUGAUAACACCAUCAAACUCUGGGAUCCCGCCACGGGCGCUCUUAAGCAUACCUUAAGCACUGACGGAUCUUUCGAUAUCCAAAUCUGCUAUGAAAGCUUCUCCUCAAAUCCCUCUGCAAGAGUGACAGAGGUAUCGCUGCAGGAAGGUCGGUGGGUUACUAUUCAGGGUCAAAGAGAGUUAUGGCUCCCUCCAAAUUAUCGACCUAGCUCUUCAGCAGUUAAAGAUGGUACUAUGGCACUCGGAUGCAUAUAUGGCAGAGUUACUAUGAUUACGCUUUCAAUAAUGUAA